AUGCUUCUUGUUUGGUCCUUGGUUUUGGGCCCCGUCGUGGUGGCUGGGAUCCUCCUGUAUCAGUCGCGUUCCAAGGAUCCUUUGGCCAGCGUUCCCGGGCCCUUCUGGGCCUCCUUGACCAGGCUGUGGCUGUUGCGUCAGAUUUAUUCCGGAGAGCUUCAUAUGAGAGAUAUCAAGGCGCAUGAGAAAUACGGACCCAUAUACCGAGCCGGACCUAAGUAUGUCAUCGUCAACGAUCCGGCGUUUAUCCAUGAGGCGCACAAAUGGAAUCGGUCGGACUGGUUCAUCACGCUCGAUCCCCAGGUGGGACUGCAGAGCGUGGGAACGGCCCGGACGAUGGCCCAGCAUAAUUCGCAGCGCAGAAGAAUAGCAAGCGCGUACAACCCGGACUCGGUGUACGAGUUGGAGCCUUUGCUGGAUCGAUCGAUACAAGAGUUCAUGGAGGUGCUGUCCACAAAAUUUGCCUCCAAGGGCAAAGUGUGCGAUCUGGCGGACUUUAUUCACUUCUUUGCAUUCGACGCCAUCAUGGAUCUGGCCUUCAGCGACCGCGUCGGAUUCGUCAAGGAAGGCCGAGACGUCAACAACAUCAUCGGCUCAUUGACGGAGCUUUUCAACAUCACCAGAAUCAUGACCACGUUUCCCGAACUGCAACGCUUCCUUAACCACCCCUGGGUGAACCCACUUUUGGGCUCGCAGCCCACGGAUGACUACGGUCCUGGCAUGAUCAGAGGGAUGGCAAUCAAGGAAGUCCGACGAAGAGUCAAACACGGCAGCCCUCGUGAAUCCAAGGACCUGCUCGAUCGGUUCCUGCAGUAUCGGGAUGCCCAGGGGAAAGGAAUCCCGCAACGAGAGCUCGAGGUCGAGGCUUUUACCCCCGUCAUCGCCGGUCCCGAAUCCGUCGCUACCAUCCUUCGCGUCGCGGUGGUAUACAUCGUUGGCACACCGCGGGUAUACCGAAAGCUGAUGGCCGAGAUCCAAGCCGGAGAGGAUUCCGGCCGCCUGUCGAGCCCCGUGUCCUUUCGCGAGACGAAGGAAUUUGUGUUUUUGAAUGCCAUUAUCAAGGAGGUCUUCCGUAUCCAUCCGCCGAUUGGAACGCCGUUCCCUCGCACCGUCCCACCGCAGGGCACAACUAUCAGCGGCCACUUUCUUCCAGGGGGUUGCGAUGUUGGCUUCAGCAUGUGGGCCCUGGGAAGAAACAAGACCGUGUUCGGCGAAGACGUGGAUGUCUUCCGCCCUGAGCGAUGGCUGACGGACCCGGAAACCAUCCAGGCGUACGAAAAGGCAGACUUGACAUUCAGUGCUGGGUUGACUACCUGUCUUGGGAAACAUAUCGCGCUCUGCGAGAUCCAAAAGACUCUAUUCGAACUCUUCCGUAAUUUUGAGAUCGACUUGGCGGAUCCGCUGCGACCGUGCAUCACCAACAAUAUCCUGACCUUCGUGGUGCACGAUAUGCUUGUCUAUCUAACACGCAGGAAGAGGGAGACAGGGAAGGAGGGGGCAUUGGGUGAGGAGACUGUAGCUGACGGCAGCCAAUCAUUUAUUUGA